AUGCCUGCGCUCCAACGGUCCGAACAGGAAGAAGCGGAUUUCAUGAAUAAACUUCUUCUAAGUGUUGAUACCACUAACUCUGUGACUUCCUGUUCCAAGUCCGCAGCGAGACGUACAGGACAAACUGUGCCACACGGACCAUCAACGGCGAAGACACCCUCUUUGUCUUCAGCGCCUUUACCAGAACAUAGCACAGGCAAUAGGUCUUCUUCAACUGAGCUGCGAACACCGACGAAGGAAGCUUCUGCAGAAGAUGUCGAUGUCGCACAGCUUCUCCAAGGCGCAGAAGACUGGGAUUGGGAUGACAUGAACUCGGACUUUCUGAGUCCGAAGAAGGACUCGCCGAAGAAAACCGCAGCCACCAGCGGCCCGCCUCGGUACAACCCUGAGACGUGUACGCGAUGUGUGGUCAAAGAGAUAUUUGAGGAAUCUCCCCACAGUCCUUUCCAAAAAAUACUCAUCGUAGACACCGUGACCGAUAAUCAACGCCUCUCCGUAACUCUCAAGGAUGACUGGGCAGAUACAGACAUUAGAACUGGCGACAUAAUCAACAUCAUUGGCGAUUUCACGGAAUCCUCUGCUCAGCCCACACCCUCCAUCACGAUCAGCUCAAAGCAGAAUCUACUCGUCCUACAACCAGACCUUCUAAUCACAGCGACAUCCCUCUCAACCGCCCCGCAAUGUCGUCGCAAGCCAUUGGUAUCAAACCUUGUACGCGGCUCUGUCGACGUCACGCCGUCGCUGAUAUGGGGCAACUUGCUGCAUGAGGUCAUGCAAGCAUGCCUCACUGAGGAGCGAUGGGAUCAGAAGUGGAUUGAACAAACCAUAGCGGAAAUUGUCAGGAAGAAUCUUGGAGAGCUCCUAAGGAUCAACAUUGGAGUGGAACAGGCAAUCACCGAGGUCAAGGCAAGGGCGAUAGGGCUGAGGUCCUUCUCGGAGAAGUAUAUCGCGCAGAAACCGAAGCCCGACGCACUUCUCACAAACACACGUGCCACUCAAGGUCAGACCUCCUUGUUGGCUAUCUCACAGUUGCAUGAUAUCGAAGAAGACAUCUGGUCGCCGACAUACGGAAUCAAGGGGAAAGUCGAUGCUUCCGUACAAGCCCUCAUAUCUGAUAGCGAUACCUCCUUGACCGACAUCUUCGGACGAAGUGCAACGACACAAAGUUGGGUCAUGCCAUUCGAAAUCAAAACCGGACGUCCGGGGGCUGGCAUGGAGCACCGAGCGCAGACGAUGUUGUACACCUUGCUCAUGGCAGAGCGAUAUUGCUCCGAGGUGCCUAGCGGCCUGCUAUACUAUACACGAAGUGACGAAGUCGUCCGCGUCCCCGCUGUGAGGAAUGAAGUACGGGCAUUAAUCGUGGCGCGCAACGAGAUGGCAGCAUACAUGAUGCGGAGAAUACGCUUCCAUACUGUCAAAUCGGAAUCAAAGGUCUCCGUAGAGGAUGGAGCCGUUGCUGACGUUGAGGACACACGGGAAGUAGAGCCGUUCUUGCCUCCAACCAUUGACGAUUCGUGGCAGUGCGGGAAGUGCUACGCGCUAAACACCUGCAUGUUGUAUCGCAAGGCCGUUGAGAACGUGGAAGACACAACCUCUCCUAUCGCUGAUAUCUACGCUCUCAAGACGUCGCAUCUUACCAAAGGACAAUGCGCAUUUUUCAAGCAUUGGGAGGCAUUGAUUUCAUUGGAAGAGCAGGACCUUGUUCGGUUCAAGAAGGAGCUAUGGACCAUGGGCGCAGAGGAACGCGAGAGGCACGGGCGCUGCUUUGCCAACAUGACCCUUGAUACAACUUAUACGGUUCCAUCUACCAUCGCCGCGGCAAAGUCUCAGAAGGAAAGCAAGAUCCACCGCUUCACCUAUUGCUUCACAAAGAGUUCUUCUCUCUCUGGGUCGUUGCUCAACGGUCAUAUUAGCUGCGGCGAUGCCAUAACCAUUUCAGUCGAGCCUGAUCUUCUGGCGAUUGCCCGAGGGUUCAUCGUCGAUCUCUCCCCUCACGAAGUAGUCGUCGGUGUGGACCAUGAACUCAAUUUGGACACGAUCAGUGCUCGCCUGAGGAGUAAGAAUGCGGCCCCAGAAAAAGUCGCAUUCCGAAUUGACAAAGACGAGCUCUUCGGCGGAAUGGGCCGUAUGCGAGAUAAUCUGGCUCAACUAUUCUAUUUGGAUGGAGACACACGCAGAUUGCAGCUCGUGGUCGAUCUCAUACCUCCUCGCUUUCAUGUUCAUGAACCUCCGCCCUCUCAAGAGAUUCAGUCGUCGCUCAUCGCACAUCUCAACGACAGCCAGAAAGCUGCCAUGACUAAGGUACUCACCGCGCAAGAUUACGCUCUGAUUCUUGGCAUGCCUGGCACGGGCAAGACGACUGUCAUUGCGGCGAUCAUCCGAAGCCUGGUCAGUAUGGGCAAGACUGUACUGCUCGCAUCGUAUACCCAUUCCGCUGUAGACACAAUUCUGCUGAAGUUGAAAGACGUCGCGGACUUUGGGAUAUUGCGACUAGGCAAUCUCGACAAGAUUCAUUCAGACGUGCAUGACUUCACCCUCUCACGCAGAAGGACCGCCACCAGCUUAGAACAACUGGAGCAUCAGAUCAUGGCUCCUCCUGUUGUCGCGACCACUUGCUUGUCAAUCGAUCAGUCAGUACGAAAUCGCGCCGCUCGCAAGGGGGGGUUGGAUGUCUCGUUAUUUAGGCGCCUCUCUGACGCUCAUCCCAACGCUGUGGUGGAUCUCACUGAACAGUAUCGAAUGAAUGCGGACAUCAUGGCCUUGUCAAACAAACUCAUCUACAGUGACCGGCUCCGUUGCGGCUCCGAAGCUGUGGCUACACGAAGUCUCGUGGUACCGAACCGUCCUUUCCUUCGUGGUCUUCAUACAGCUUCUGGAUUGCCAUGUCAGCGUUCCAAAGGAGGCUGUUGGCUGAGCCGGUUGUUGGACGAAAGGUGUAAGGCUGUGUUUGUUGACACAGACGCCGUCCCUGCUCGUGACUCACCUGUCGGGGAUCUCGUGGAGAAUCAAGUCGAGGCCCGCUUAGUUUAUCAGGUCGCUGAGUGCCUCAUCGGCAGCGGAGUCACGGAGGAUAAGAUUGGCGUCCUAUCGUUGUAUCGUCAGCAGACCAAGCUACUGUCAUACCUGUUGCAGGGGAGGCCAGGAGUGGAGAUCUUGACCGCAGACAGGAGUCAAGGUCGCGACAAAGAGUGCAUCUUGAUCUCCAUGGUACGCUCUAACGAAGAUGGACAGGUUGGCGAUUUGAUGAAAGACUGGAGACGAAUGAAUGUCUCCCUCACUCGCGCGAGGUCCAAGUUGAUCAUCUUCGGCUCGAGACAGACUCUGCAAAACACGCCACUACUGCGGGAGUUUUUCGAGCUUAUGGAGGAAAAGGCAUGGAUCCUGCGGUUACCUCCAAAUGCACAUGAGAUGCAUGCCUCGUCGUUUGUGGAGCAGCGGCCUAAUAAACGCCCAGCAGAGGACUCAUUAUCGGACAUUUCGUCCUCAGCGCAGAAGGAGAACACCGGCUCAAAACCAUUGAAGAGAGGAAAGAGGCCUGCGGUUGGCGAGGGCAUACUGAAGGGGCGGCCCAUGCUGCGAGAUCUCGUCAAUGCCACACGGUAA